AUGGUAACACCGAGGAACUCUGUUUGUUUGAGAAAGGAGGUUGGAGGUUUGGAGGUAAGGAGAAUUAGUGAGUUUAAUAGUGCAUUAUUAGGUAAGUGGUGUUGGAGAUUGUUAGUUGAGAAGGAGAGUUUGUGGUAUAGGGUGUUGUCUUCGAGAUAUGGAGAGGAGGGUGGUAAUUUAUUGGACAGUGAAAGGUGUGCCUCGGCUUGGUGGCGUGCUAUUGCUGCCUUGCGGAGGGAGUCUUGGUUUAGUAAUAAUGUCUGUAGGUUGAUGGGGGACGGGAAGAAUACAAAUUUUUGGGAGGAUGUGUGGAUUGGUGGGGUGUCCCUUAAGGAGAGUUUUAGCAGGUUGUUUGAGUUGUCGGUAGAAAAAGGGGUAUCAGUUUUUGAUAUGUUCCACUUGGGGUGGGGGGAGAACAGUGAGGCGUGGAAGUGGAGGCGGAGGCUGUUUGUGUGGGAAGAGGAGAAGACUACUCAGCAGAUUGUUGACACUCCUGUGGAUGUGAAGUCGCUAUGGCAAAAGGAUAUCCCUUUGAAGGUUGUGAUUUUCGCUUGGCGAUUGUUUCGGAAUAGAUUGCCGACCAAAGAUAACCUGCUUAGGCGUGGAAUUCUCAAUAAUAAUGAUACUUGUCUGUGUGUAGCCGGGUGUGACUCUCUAGAAACUGCUAAUCAUUUAUUUUUGCAUUGUCCUUUAUCUGGGUCAGUUUGGAAUUUGAUUCUUCGGUGGGUUGGUCUGUCUACGACCGCUCCGUUCUCGCCAUCAGACCAUUUUACUCAGUUCAUAUUGGGUGGUGGGGGACCUCAUAUGUGA